UAUUGAGCUCUGGCAGCCCGGCCCUUCCCCCCCGCCUCUCGUCCAACCCAUGCCUGAUGUUGCGAGGAGCGGUGGCUGCCCUGGCUCUGGGCUUGGUGGCCGCGUGGGUCUGGAGCCGCGGGUUCGAUCCGCGCUCGUGGCUGUGGCAGACACAUUGCACGGAGCGGGUGCUAAACGCCGCCGAAUUGAGCCGCUACACGGGUGGCGCAGGGAGCGCGGGGCUUUACUUGGCUGUGCUGGGAAGGGUCUUCGAUGUGCAGCGCGGGCGCAAGCACUAUGGACCGGGGGGAGCCUACAGCUUCUUCGCCGGGAAAGAUGCCUCUCGAGCAUUCGCAACAGGUGACUUCACUGAAAUGGGUUUGGUGGACGAUAUUGUGGGGUUGUCACCGACAGAAAUGCUGACCAUUCAGAACUGGCUGUCAUUCUACAGUAAGAAUUAUGUGCUUGUCGGCAAAGUUGCAGGGAGAUUUUAUGAUGAAAACGGGAGCCCCACGCCUCUUCUGCAGCAAGCCCAAGCACUGAUCGAUGAAGGGCAGAGGCUGCAGGCCCGAGAGGAGGAGAAAAAGCAACGCUUCCCGCCUUGCAACGCCGAGUGGCGCUCAACUUCUGGAAGUAGAGUCUGGUGUUCCAAGGAGAGUGGCGGAAUCAGCAGAGGCUGGGCCGGCGUCCCCAGAAAGAUGUAUGAGCCAGGCUCGCGGGGCAGCCACUGUGUGUGCGUGAGAACAGAAGGGUCCCCCUCUGAGCCAUCCUCUUCCUUCCAGCCCAGCAACAGAGGUGAUCUGGACAACCCCAGGCUGCAAGAGUAUGAAGACUGCCACCCACUGGCCAAUUGGUGUGCUCUGAAAGACGAAGGCAGCAUUUAGAUGCCAGAAGGAACUCCAGUGAAGCCAAGAUUCGUACACAGAGCUUGUUGGUCACUUCACUUCUCCUCAUCUGCUCUGAAGCAAACACUGUUUCCCUAUGAUGUGUGAAUGGAGGUGGCCCCAGGUGAACUGGAGUUCUGUUCCCCACAAUCUGGGAUUAAAGAAGGGAACCCAUGUGCUGUUUUGAGUUGACUUGACUUGAGCCAGUUUGGUGUAGUGGUUA